AUGCCGCUUGGGUACGUACUCAACAGCUGCUCGUGUGCUUAUAUCGACAAUCUUCUGGCUCAUAGUAGUGUUCAUCGUGCGAAACCACAUUCGUUCAUGAUACAGCGCCUUGUAGUCAUUUGUGGUCGUUCGUCACCGGCAGUGGCCAAUCAUGCAGCUAACAUCAUUCUCUCCGCUUUCAAUUUCUGUCAAAUAGAUGCUCCAGCGAAGAAAUUUCUCGAUGAAGAAGCAGCUCUUAGUCUGUUUCAUACGAUACUUUCCUACGCAACUGUAACACAAGAAGCUCGAAGUGUUAUGGAGAUUCGCGGAGCUCAGCGACUCACUGCAGCUCUUUGUGAUUUGAUUGCUGCUUAUACAAAAAUUAUGGACGAUAUGGAAGCGAGUAAAACUUUGACACAUUUGUGUAAAAAGCUCGCCACCGUAUACGAUCCUCUGGUGGUUCUUCCCUUCAUCAGCAAGCUCGCCAAGAGCAGGCGUCUUCGUCACUAUCUCCAACCCUUGUUUCUGGGACACUGUGAAUACACAUCUGACACGUGGGGUGUAUCUCCGGAAAGUGCUGAGAUUUACAAUCACAUUUCACGUGGAAACUUCAGCACUCAAACUUUGAUCGAAAUAGUUCAAACUUUUCUGGAGAAGGAAGUGAAAGAAGUUAUAAUCAGUUCAUCGACUGAUCCUAUCAAACUAGUUCAGUACUUGAUCUCUUGUUCGAAUCAAAACAACGCGGAAAUAGUUCAAGCACUUGCCUUCAUGCUUUACUCCAAUACGAAGCUAAUUCCAAAUGGUACUGGUGGAAACAUAGAUAUGGAUGUUCAAUCAGCGGAUACAAUCACCACUGCAAGACUUGGAGAUGCGAAAUUCACGCAACCGGUCAAGGAUGCUUUAUUCAAUUCUGGACGAGAUGCUCUGCGGAGACGAUUAGAGAUAUAUGGUCCAACUCUGCUCAGCUCAGUUGAACUAUUUGUUGAAGAGUUAAAACAAGCGCCCAUACAGAGAAGACUCAUUACAAAUUCUUCAAUAGCCAAUGCUAUAAUCUUCAUGAACCAGUGUAAUUACGACUUGGAAGUAGGGAUCGACAAGGGACGAUUCGAAACACCGCCAUAUUACACAGGAGGGGCAAACUUCAUCAUUGGUUUAACCAAAUAUAUUGAAGAAAAACAAAUCGCUACUGAAAAUGACGAUGAAGCAUACGAUUGGUAUCCAGAUAUUAACUGGAUUGAAGUUAUUAAAGAGCUGGAUACUGAAGAAAUUUUAAUCUGUCGUCGCACGUUGAUUCUCUUCUCUGAAAUCUUCCCGAUCAUGUUCCAAAAUGACCCUCAAGGCUUCCCUGUUUCAUUUUUCUACACACCAUGGAAAAAUUGGGAACGUCAACUCCAUUUAUAUGAUCACAUGAUUGAGCAUUCGGACGUUUGGAAUCUUUCUAUGUAUCCACACACAAAAGUGCUUUCUCCAGAGCUUAAUUUGAAGACAAUACCCGAUGACACGCCGGCGGCUGUUCAGCUGUGGAACUGUCAAGAAUUCAGUAACCUUCUACUCACAAUCGGCAAUUUACAACCUCAAAUGCUUCCAACGAUCCGACAGUUUUUUUCUUUCGGGGUUAUGCAAUCUGGAGAUGUUUCUACUUUAGCAUUGAUUCUGUCGCAAACCCAAUGGACUCCAAUUCGUCAAGAGUUGGUCCGGCAUUUCUUGCCUCAGUUCAUUCUUAAAAGCCCUAAUGUCACACCAAUUCUGAAUUUGGCAUGGAAUGACCCGAGUUUAUCGAAGCACAUGCGUCAACACGUCAUUUGGUGCCUGACUGCUAUGUAUACUUCUGAUAAUUCACAAUUGGCUAAAAUCCUCGACGUAGCCCACGACAUCAAACCAACUGGGCUCUCUGAGCUGUUGAACCAACCGGCAAAAAAUCUUCCCUUCAUGGUAGAUCUCGCAUGUCUUGCUUCGAAGCGGGAUUAUUUGAAUUUGGAAAAAUGGAUCGAAGACAAAGAGAAAACUCAUGGCGAGGCGAUGACUGUUGCAGUGUUACAGUACAUUCACAAGAAAUACCAACAAUCACAGAUGGUGGCAGCUGUAGUUCCGAAACCGAAGACAGCAACCCCUGGUGUUCCAUCGGACCCUCUCCACGUGCUCAUUCCGUUUGUUAUCAAAAAAGCAAGGAAGCCUCAUCGGCAACAAUUCCCUUUACUCUUCCAGGUAAUGAAAGAGAACUCGGGUAGAAGUUCGUCAGUUUCAUCUGGCGGGCAUCAAAAUGUACAGCAAGCAAGUGGUUCACAGCCAUCACAGCAGUAUGCCAGCGGCGCCGGACUACCAUCAUCCAGUGCCGUUUCUCAACAGCAACCACCACAACAAGCUUCUAUGCAACAACAAAUUUCACAACAGGCUAUUGUCUCGUCAUCUGCACCAUCACAGCAUCAAAUUCACAGUCAGCAGCAACCUGUUCCGGGACCAAUUCAACGACCGGCACAAUAUCCGCCUCAGUCGAUGUUUCCACCACAACCCCAGGCUCAGCAACAUCCGCACAUGAUGGCUCAACCCCCGCCAAGUGCUUCACAAAAUGCUCAACCUGGAAUGAACUUGCUGAUGAAUAUGGGGCAGUUUUCCAGCGGUAACAACCGAGACCUGCUCAAAGUCGUUCAGCCGGCUCCACCCCCACCUUCAUCGAUGUCUCCAUCAUCACAAAUGAUGCGUUCAUUGAUACCUCCUCUUGCUCAACGACAGAAUUCAAAUCCCGGUUGGCACGCUGCACCAACAACACCACUGCAGAGACCAUCUGGACCACCUACUCCUCAACAGCAGAUCGAUUUCCGGUCACAAAUUCAAGACUUCGUACCACAAGGCCAGCAUCAACUUCAACGAAGCGGUAGCGUCAGUGGAAGAAGUGGAGGAAGUGGUGGGCAGAAGACUGGUGUUUCAAGCUCCGGGUUCUCAGUUGGAGCUCCGAUUGCUGGUAGCGCAGCUGCGGUUGCUGCAGCUACUGCACAGCAAACCAGCAUGGACGAUUUCUCAUCAAUGACGUUUGCUGAGGACAUCCAGGAAGAGGCAAACUCGUACUUCGAAAAAAUUUACAGUGUGAAUAAUGCAAUGUCUGUAGAUACGCUGAUUGAUUUGCUCAAAAAAUUCAAGGCGGGUAAUGAUCGUCGAGAACGGUUUGUACUCGCUUGUGUGGUCAAGAACCUAUUCGAGGAGUACCGAUUUUUCCAUGAGUAUCCAGAAAGAGAACUGCGAACUACUGCUGCCGUGUAUGGAGGAAUAAUACGAGAAGAUAUCAUCACGAAUGUACAAUUUGCAACUGCUGUUCGCAAAGUUAUUGAGAGUUUGAGUGCAGACUCAAAUACCAUGCUCUGGACUUUUGGAAUCGUUGCACUACAACACUGUAGAAGCAAGUUGUGUGCUUAUCCUAAGGUAUGCUCGAUGAUAGUGAACAGUGACAACUUUUCCAAGUUCCCUCAGCUACUGAAGGAUUAUGUUAUUGCCGGCGUUAAAGGAGAGCUCCCACCCGAAGGUGGUCGUCAUACACCUGUCGGAACACAUUCACCGUCUGCCUCAUCGACACCAACACCAGCCACCGUCCCCACCAACUGGGGAGCUGUUGCGCGCGCUUCCUCAACCGACCCGAAAAAUCAAGUUCCCGCAAAUCGAACAGGCAACGUUCUUUCAUACACAAAUGUGGAUACACUUGUUAUGGCGACGAACAAGGAUGGAGCAGAGAUUGCACAACCAGCUGAAGCAAUAGUUGAUAAAAUUUCCUUUUUGUUCAACAAUUUGUCAACGACGAAUUUGGUCCAGAAGAAGGAUGAGGUCCUUGAAAUGAUAAUUGAGCAUGGAGAAGGUUUCACACGAUGGCUCUCUCAAUACAUUGUCAUGAAAAGAGUUUCAAUCGAACAGAACUUCCAACCACUCUAUAAUCAGUUUGUUACUGCUAUUGAUAAUCCAUACCUUGAUCAAUGCAUCAAGCGAGAGACCUUCCGUAAUAUUCGCAUCCUUCUACGGACCGAUAAGAAGACCACCGUCGCGUCUAACUACAGUGACAGACAGCUUUUGAAAAAUCUCGGAAGUUGGCUUGGAGCUAUUACGAUCGCAAGAAAUAAACCGAUUCUACUCAACGAUUUGGAUUUGAAGAGUUUACUUCUUGAAGCGUACUACAAAGGACAGGCGGAAUUAUUGUUCGUGGUUCCAUUCAUUUCGAAAAUUCUGACAGCCUGUUCUAAAACGACCUUGUUUACGCCUACAUGUGCUUGGAUUCGAAGUAUUUUGAAAGUUUUAGCCGAACUGCACAAUGAGCCCGAUCUCAAGAUUAAUUUGAAAUUUGAGAUAGAGGUUUUAUGCAAAGAAUUAAACGUGGAUCUCAGUCAGCUACCUUUGGAUGGAAUUCUCAAAGAUACAGAGAAGUUGGUUCGUGUACCUCAACAACUUUGUGAAGUGAAAGUACUCGGACGACCCGAAGCAGCAAGCCCCGUUCAAUCACAAAUUCGCUUGUCCAACUCAGCUGAACAACUCGCUGGAAUGGCACCGGCAAUCCCUGAUCAAGCUAAACCAGCUACCCCACAACCAACGGAAGCAGAACUUCAGGCUGGUGCCGGUGGAUCUGGAUCGCAAGGGGCAGAAGCUCAAGUGGUUCCCAACGUGACUCAUUUCGCUUAUCACGAUAUAAAUGUUUUGACUUACGAUGGACUCAUUCCACAUGUCAAGAUUGUCUCCCAUCUACCAUUGUUCCAGUUGCAUCCACAUGCCAAGCACUUAGUCCGGCCUGCUAUGAUUCAUGCAAUCAAAGAGUUGAUUGGACCUGUUACCGAACGAGCAUUGAAAAUCGCGAUGACAGUGACUGAAUCGUUGGUUCGCAAAGAUUUUGCCCUAGACCCUGAAGAACAGAACUUGCGAGCAGCUUCGUUUCAUAUGAUGCGAGCAAUGACAGCUGGUAUGGCAAUGAUUACUUGCCGCGACCCACUUGCAAGUACGAUGCAUGCUAACUUAGCCCAGGCGUUCUCUUCAUCUCUCCGCUCUUCUGCUGGAACUCCGGAAUUGAAACAAAUGAUCGAAGAGGCUUCGUCAACAAUUACCCAAGAUAAUGUCGAACUGUCCACCAAUUUCAUCGUCAAAACAGCAUGCGAGAAAGCAACUCAAGAAAUCGAAAAACGCCUCGAAGGUGAUUAUCAGAAGCGAAUUGCAGUAAAGAACGAGCAAGGAAUAUACCGAGAUGAGGCUGCCGCUGCGAUUCAUGCUCAACUUCCAAAAGCAAUUGCUACGCAUCCUGGACCCACUGAUAAAGCUUUGAUGAGCAUUUACGAUCAGUUCAGCAGUAGAAUCUGUGGUUUUAAGGCAAAUGCAGGUGACGAACUUCUGAGCACAGAGCCAGGAAACGGAUCGAUUACACCAGUUCCAACGCAAAGCAAGGAAAUGGAGCUUGUAUGCCAACAACUUCACAUCAUUAUUAAGGAAGUCGAUCAAACAACUCAAGCUCAACCCCAUAUCAACAACGCUGCCUUCCAGACAGUAUGCUUGAUGCGAGAAAUGAUGAAACAAAUAACUGUCUCCAAAGAUGGCAACCAGUUGUUGCAACUUGUUUCGAGAAGUACAGAACACCUGUUGCAUGCGUACAGACUUGAAGGAGCACCAUCCAAAAACUUGCUCGAUGUUGAAUGGGCUCGUCGACUUCGUGACUUGUUUAUUGGAUUAAUGCGCCUUCUCCAGAAUUAUUUUCCAUUAGUCGAACUCUCUCGUCGAAUCACAACAGCCAUCAUGCAAAUUCGUUCGGACUAUAAGUGGAACCUUGAGGGAAUCGAAAUUCUUUUCAAACAAAACUUGCUUCAGUCAGUUCUCUGGGAUCAGCAUUUGGCUGGAAGCAUGGACAAUGGUGGAAAUAUGGAAGCAGUUUGUUUCGCCCAAAAAUUUGUUCGAAGCAUUGGGGGCGGCGAUAUGAACCGUAUUCAAUUCUUGAAAGAUCGAUUCCCAUUGACAUGUGAUCAACUCACAAAGCUUCACCAGCUUCAAUCGGCUACUCGAACAGAAGGAAUCAAUAACGGUAUCAAUUCCGGUGCGGUCCAUCCUGGACAUCAGCAACAGCAACCUCCAGUUGCCUUACCAAUGGAUGCAGCUCCCAUGCCACAAGCAUCUGCCGAAGCAAUGGCUCAAAGAGGAUAUGACGAUCACGAAAUGACAGCUAAAGUGGAGGUUAUCAUGCGAGAAUGGAUCGGACUUUGCUAUUCGCCGACUGGACAACGAAGCCCUCAAGAAUCGCUCGCGCAAAUGAUUCAGUUGAUGCACGAACAUGGAGUUCUAGCCACUGAUGACAAGAUCACACAGUUCUUCCGGCUAUGUGUUGAAAAUUGCGUUGACAUUUCUGUGAGAGUCAUGAAAUCGGAGCAAAUGACUAAUGGAAUGCCAACAACAAUGAUCAGACAUCGAUGUUAUUACACUUUGGAUGCGUUCGUAAAAUUGAUGGCUCUAAUGAUUAGACAUUCGGACAACGGGCAGUCACAAAACAAGAUCAAUUUGUUGAAAAAACUUCUGAACAUUAUUGUUGGCGUAUUACACAUGGAUCACGAAAUUCGAAAACAAGAUUUCAACGCGAUGCCUUAUCAUCGUAUUCUUAUCAGUUUGUUCAACGAAAUCACUGGUCCAGAUCCUUUAAAAUUGCUCGAACCCAUAGCCUGGAGCAUUUUGGAAGCUUUCGGACAAACAUUCUUUGCACUUCAACCACGUAGAAUGCCUGGAUUCGCAUUUGCCUGGCUCGACAUAGUUGGACAUCGUAAUGUAAUUGGACGUCUUCUGGCCAACACGGGAAUUGCUGAAACCGUUGAUUCAGUUAAAACGGCUGCAACAUACACACAAUUGAUUAUUUCUCAUUUGAAGUUUUUGGCUCCUUUCCUCCGAAAUAUACAACUUCCGAAGUCCAUAGCCAUACUUUACAAGGGAACUCUUCGUGUUCUUCUCGUCAUCCUUCAUGAUUUCCCAGAGCUCCUGUGUGAAUUCCACUAUGUCAUCUGUGACACUAUUCCUCCAAACUGUGUGCAACUGCGUAAUCUAAUACUAUCGGCGUAUCCACACCCAAUGCGUCUUCCUGAUCCAUUCGCACUGAACUUCAAACAAGUUGACACGAUUCCAGAGAUGGCUGUUGAACCUAAAUCAAACUUGAACAUGGCUACAAUCAUUCCGGAUAAUAUUCGAGUUCCAUUGGAUGAAUAUUUAUCCAAUCGUACGCCAGUCGAUUUCCUCCCGAAUCUGCCGACUCUGUUGCAAACUCAAAAUCAAGCUGGUACCAAGUACAACACAACUGUCAUGAAUGCGCUUGUCUUGUACGUUGGAAUUCGAGCAAUCGAAAACUUGCAUUUGAAACGUCAACGCAUUUCUACACUGACCAUAGCACAUACUUCAUUCAUGGACAUUUUCCAGAAUUUGGCGAUUCAGCUGGAUACUGAAGGAAGGUACUUGCUGUUCAACGGAAUUGCCAACCAACUGCGUUACCCGAAUGCUCACACUCACUACUUCAGCUGUGUCUUUUUAUACCUAUUCAAAAACUCUACAAACGACACCAUUCAGGAACAAAUAACGCGUAUUCUUUUUGAACGUCUUGUCGCCCUCCGACCACAUCCCUGGGGACUUUUGAUCACAUUCAUUGAGCUCAUCAAGAAUCCAACGUAUAACUUCUGGCGUUACGAGUUCACCAGUUGCGCUCCUGAAAUUCAAAGAUUGUUCCAAAACGUGGCUAACACAUGUGUGCCACCUCAAGGAUCUCAAAUUCCGCAAGCACAAUCGGAAGGUGCAAUGCUCGGAAAUUCUAUGGGAGCUAACCAAAAUCCAUCUUCCAAUUAA